AUGACACUCUUCUCAGGCGUCGCCGUCGUCACCGGCGCUGCUUCAGGAAUCGGCCGUCAGGUGGCAACUUCAUUCGCCCGCGAGGGCUGCAAGCGCAUCGCCCUUCUCGACAGAGAUGAGGACGGCGCGCUGGAGACCGCUCGCAUGUGCCGGGAGGCCAAUGGGGAGACACGCACUUUCGUCAUGGAGAUUGACAACCGCAACGAUGAGGACAUUGCUUCGUGCAUGGAGAACGUCGUGGAAGAAUGGGGCCGGAUCGACUAUGCAGUCAACUGUGCAGGCAUGUUUGGACCAAAAGCACCGUCACACCUCUUGACGCCCGCGGAGUUUGACGAAAUCACCAACAUCAACUACCGCGGUACAUGGUUGUGCUCGCGGGCGGAGCUCACGCACAUGAUCAAGCAAGAAUCCAUGAAGACACACGACGGCAGACCAGGGAACCGGGGCGUCAUUGUCAAUGUCGCGAGCAAUCUGAGUCUGGUCAGCCGACCAGAGACACCGGCCUAUAACGCUUCCAAGGCGGCCAUUCUCAGCAUGACCAGAAGUGAUGCUAUCGAUUAUGCAAAGUACAAUAUCCGCGUCAACUGCGUGUGUCCAGGGAUUAUUGACACGCCCAUGACGAGCGAAGUCUCGCCAGAUGAUCCCAUCAUCGCAGUAGCGCCUAUGAAGCGGAAAGGAACGCCGCAAGAAGUCGCCGAUGCCGUCUUAUUCCUCUGCAGUUCCAAGGCAUCAUUUAUCCACGGCGCCUCGUUAUCCGUCGAUGGCGGCUACGUUAUCAACUAGGAUGGAUCCUUAUUGGGUCCCUUCGUGUUACACAUUGGAUUAUCAAAAGGAGGAUGGGUUUCAGGAAGACACAGGAAGAGAGAGAGAGAGAGAGAUGGAGAAAAGAUUGCCCAUAGAGAAAAGUGGCUUUGAAGAAGCUAGUUUAAACUGAAGCCUGGCGAGCAGAUUGAGAUCAGUGAAUAGAUCUCACUGUUGGGAGACCAUCGAUGCAUUGCCACAGUGUGUAUAUAUAGUCACUCACAAUUCAUAGUCAACUCAUGGC